UUGACUAUUUUACGCUCGGUACAUUUCACACUCAAUUAGUGAUUGCAUCAAAGAUAUUUCCUGCAAACUUAAAUGAUAUGCCUAACUCGUACGUUCGGCUCAAGCCCAUCAAUUCCGUAGCUUGCAACGUCGUUGAACCUCCUCUUUCAUCAAAGCAAGACUCACGGCGCAUUGAGGACGUCUGUCGACCCCCUUUAUCUCGCAUAUAUCAAGAAACACAAAUCAUGUCUGCAGAAGGAGAUGUCGCCGCUGAGGUUGUUGAGGUUGCCGCCGACGCUGUUGCCCCUCGUGGCACUAUGUCUGUUGAGGAGGCCCUUCAGGAAGUGUUGAAGAAGGCUCUCGUUCACGACGGUCUUGCGCGUGGGUUGAGGGAGGCGGCCAAGGCUCUCGACAGACGCCAGGCUCACCUUUGCGUGUUGGUCGAGACCUGCACGGAGAAAGAGUACAUCAAGCUCGUUGAGGCUCUUUGUGCCGAGCACAACAUCAACUUGAUCAAGGUGUCUGAUGCAAAGAAGCUCGGCGAGUGGGCUGGUCUCUGCAAGAUCGACCGUGAGGGUAACGCCCGUAAGGUUGUGGGCUGCUCGUGCGUGGUCGUCAAGGACAUUGGUGAGGACUCUGAGGCGAUGAACGUACUCCUCGAGUACUUCCGCACCCGUUAAGCAUAGAUUACUUGGGAAAAUGCCCUUCCAUGAUCAUCAUGUGUCACUUGACUGGAAGGGUACCCGGGGUAGUACAUUACCCCGGGAUGUACUGAAAAGGUCCUUGUCAACCCAUUCGGAUCACUGACUGAAACAGCUUGUAUAUGUCGCAUAGAUUUGUGCAUGCUGAAUAUACGCUUAAAACCAUGCCAAUGUGUGCGCUAAUAACAAGUGCUGAUACCUGUUUCCAUUGCGAGAUAAAGAUCUGACACUGCUUGUAAAAUCCGUGUCAUUGAAUGUGAAUUCUAGUUGUAUUUGCCAUGUGGAAACAGGGUGCGAUUGCGGUAUAGAUUUAUGGUUGCGUGUCAAAUAUGGUUGCCUGGGUGCGUAAUUUAUCCAAAAAUGGAUAGCGAUAGACUGGAUCCGUGGGUACGUUGGGGUGCGAAACGACACCUGGAGUGAAAGCGUUGGUCCUUUGGCGCCGUGUUCUUGUUUUGCGACGAGCUUUGCUCCUCUCCUUGGGGUUGCUGAGCCGCUGUUCUUGCCCUACCGUUGUUGACUGUUCGUCGUAGCCACGCGCUGUAUUUUGUUUGACGUCAUACUGGCUCAGGGACCGCUUGCGGUGGCCGUAUUUG